GAACACUUUCACGAUGUAUGAGAAUACUCAUCGAAAUCCACAGCCGCCCCCUUCCUCCUUGAUGACGGGAGGUUACAGUACUGGUGGUGGGCAUGUGUCUAUUGAAGAGGCGGCUAGGAAAGCAGCACGAGCAUUGAUCUUAGCAGGGGAAGGGGAUAGGUACUGUGAUGAUACUGGUAGUGAGUCGGGGGACUACUAUAGGGGAGGAGAUGAUGAGAAUUGUGGCGAUGGUGGUGGUGGAGUUCGAGGAAAUACGCAGAGUCCCCACACUACCGCGUCGGCGCCAGUAGCAACACCAUCACCGGUGGGAUGCGGUGUAUCAGCAGCAGUAUCGGGUGAUGGAGCGAUGAUGUCGUCGAGUGGUAGCUGCCAGUAUUACGCGUUCCCGACUAGAGUGUAUGCUCUGGCGGUGGGAGCUGAUGGUGAUAGAUUUGCAGUGGGAAGUGCACAAAGGCACUCCAUGAACAAUUAUAUUGCGAUAAUUGAUCCGGAUUCGUCUGAGGCAUCUGGAUUGAGCGUAUCAGCGACAUGUCGGCACGGCUUUCCGCCGUCUCACGUACUAUGGAUGCCCGCCACAGCCGGCCCGUUGAGUAGCGUCACCUUCGCCUCAACAUCAACAAGUCUCCGCUUAUGGCGACUACAGCAGCCAGUCGGGGGUCCUGCUGAUGGAUCCGUCUCCCCAGAGGAUGACGAGGAUGAUCAACAGCAUCAGCAACAAUCGGGUACUGGUGGUGGUGGUGGUGGCCCGGCUCUACCAAGCAGUGUGGAACAGAUAGCCAAGCUGCAGAAUACACAUAAGACUGUGAGCGCGCCCAUGACGUCAUUCGAUUGGUCCGUGGUGUCACCGUCGCGAGUGGCAGCUGCUGCUGUUGAUACUACCAUCACGUUAUGGGACGUCAGUCGGGAGAAGAUGGAUACACAGAUGAUUGCUCAUGACAAGGCUGUGCUAGAUGUGGCCUUCGCGGCAGACAGUGAUAAAAUAUUCGGCUCUGUAUCCGAUGAUGGCUCACUUCGGCUAUUCGAUUCUCGGGAUCUAGAUCAUUCUACUAUAAUGUACGAGUCGCCAUCAGCACCAGGAUCGAACACUCCGCCGCCGCCUUUGUAUAAGCUUUACUGGAAUAAGUGGAACCCACAUUUGAUCGCUACCUUCUCGGAAGACUCUAUUUACGGUCUAGUAUUCGACACCCGAAAAGGUUUCGAGUCCAUUGGCCUGAACCCGAUCUGCGAGGGUAGCCAGGAUACUGUAUGCGCCGGGACCAAUGCGAUGGCUUGGUGCAACUCUUAUGCGUUGGCAACAUGCCAUGCUGAUGGGUGA